AUGUCGGGCCUCUUUGGAGGCGCCUCGGCCACCCCGUCAACGAGCACCCUCGGCGACCUUAAGCAGGACGUUGCGCUCAGCGACCCUCCCACCGACAGCAUCUCGGCCCUGUCCUUUUCGCCCGCCGCCAACACGCCCGACUUUCUCGCCGUCGCCAGCUGGGACAACAAGAUUCGCGUCUAUGAGAUCGCCCAGAACGGCCAGAGCCAAGGGCGCCACGUCUACGAACACAGCCAGCCCAUUCUCGACUGCGACUUUUCAAAGGACGGCACCAAGAUCGCCUCGGCCGGCGCCGACAAGAAUGUCAAGGUCUGCGACCUUAGCUCCCAGCAGGACAUUGUCGUCGGCACGCACGAUCUGCCCGUGCGGACAUGCCGCUUCUUCGACAGCGGCAGCGGACCCAUGGUCGUCUCGGGCUCCUGGGACAAGACGGUCAAGUACUGGGACCUCCGGCAACAAGGCCCGGCCGCGACGGUUCAGUGCCAGGAGAGGGUCUACAACAUGGACGUGCGGGACAACCUGUGUGUUGUCGGCACCGCGGACCGCUACAUCAAUGUCAUCGAUCUCAAGAAUCCCACAAAGUUCUAUAAGACGCUGCAGAGCCCGUUGAAGUGGCAGACAAGGGUGGUGAGCUGCUUCACCGACUCGGCGGGCUUUGCCAUCGGUAGUAUCGAGGGGCGAUGCGCCAUUCAAUACGUCGAAGACAAGGACUCAAGCUCCAACUUCUCCUUCAAGUGUCACCGCGACGCUGCCGUGAACAAUGUGGUCAACGUGCACGCCGUCAACGACAUCUCCUUCCAUCCCGUACACGGCACCUUCAGCACCGCCGGAUCGGACGGCACGUUCCACUUCUGGGACAAGGACGCCAAGCAUCGCCUCAAGGGAUAUCCCAACGUUGGCGGAAGUAUCACGGCGACGACGUUUAACAAGACUGGGAGCAUCUUUGCCUACGCCAUUAGUUAUGACUGGAACAAGGGCUACCAGCACAAUACGUCGAGCUAUCCCAUCAAGGUCAUGUUGCAUCCGGUUAACAAUGAUGAGUGCAAGCCGAGGCCGUCGAUGAAGAAGCGAUGA